AAAAAAACAAAUAAAGAAAUAAUACAAGAAACAAGUGUUUAAGAAAAGCAGAAAGAAAUUUUACCACAUCAUUUGAUCAUCCCGACAAAUAAGAGAAUUUCAACCAGGAAAUUUCAACUCGUUCAGCUAAGAGAUAAACAACUACACACACAUUCUCCUGUUCUCUUUAUUAAGAACAACCGAAGGCUCGAAAUCACACGGCCGACUUUAAGUCGUCGUAGCCAAACAUCCCAUAGCACUAGAAGUCAAGACGAAACCACCCGGCCUACUUUAAAUCGACGCCGCCAAACAACCAGUAGUGCUAGAAGACGCGACCCGGACAUUUACAAGUGUGCGCUGUGUGCCAGCUUUCACGCACUGCGAUUUUGUCGCAAAUUUAUGAAAAUGAGCCCUAAGAAGAGAGAGGACGUGGUGGAGAACCAUGGCUAUUGCAUCAAUUGUCUGGCAAAAAGCCACACAAUAAGAGCUUGUCAAUCGAUGGACACUUGCAGGAUAUGUUACAGCUAUCAUCACACAUUGUUGCACCCACAUCGUCAACGGGUUCGUCAUCAACAGCAACAAGGUCAACGUCAGCAGUCAAACCGUCAGCAGUCAAACCGUCAGCAACAACGUCAACAGCCAGAUAGUCGUGACAACCAAGAGCAAGGCAGUCAACAAAUCACUCAAUCAGCUAUAACACCAACUAAAUCGACAACACCAGACGUUAAAAUAUUAGUGGAGGCGAUUCGUUCGCUGGCUCACGUAUUAUGUGCCCAAGAGGGUCCAAUUCUUGCCUAGUGCCAAGGCCGGCGGCAUGUCCAAACGAGUUUGAACACUAAAAUUAUAAUUUAUAUAAUUUUUAUAUUAAUUAUUUGAAAUUCAAUUAAUAUAAGCUUUUUUGUAAGUGUAAGCGAUAUCGUAAAAGAUACAAAAUGUGGCAGCGCUAAGUUUUUCU